AACUUCUCUUAACAAACCAACUCUCAACCCAACUCCUGACACCAUGGCCUGCUGUUCCACCAGCUUCAGUGGAUUUCCCAUCUGUUCUACUGGUGGGAACUGUGGCUCCAGCUGCUGCCAGCCAACCUGCUGCCAGACCAGCUGCUCCCAGCCAACCUGCUCCCAGCCAACCUGCUGCCAGACCAGCAGCUGUGAGACUGGCUGUGGCAUUGGUGGUAGCAUUGGCUGUGGCCAGGAGGGUGGCAGCGGAGCUCUGAGCUGCCGCACCAGGUGGUGCCGCCCUGACUGCCGCGUGGAGGGCACCUGCCUGCCUCCCUGCUGUGUGGUGAGCUGCACGCCACCAACCUGCUGCCAGCUGUACCUCGCCCAGGCCUCCUGCUGCCGCCCAUCCUACUGUGGACAGUCCUGCUGCCGCCCAGCCUGCUGCAUCUGCUGUGAACCCACCUGUUAAAAGCAAGGUUGCUGAUUACUUAAGAAUGAAAGGGGAAGCAGAGCUUAAUUAUGCUGAUCUCUGAAGAAGUGUUCAAUUUUACCUGGAUGCUGAGUAUCAUGCUAUUUCUAAGCCAUUCAGAAAUGAAAGCCUUAGGACCCUCUUGGAUGUUUUGAAUUAGCAACUGAAAGCAUGCAUUGGCCACAGUAUCUGGAUAUCCUGCCUUGCUUGAUCAGGGCCCCAGAGUGGAGUAAUUCUUCAUUUAAGUGGCAUCUCUGGUCUCCUUCCUGUCUCUUGACCCCCACAUACUUUCAAACCUGCUUUCUCCCUGCAUAGCCUCUGCUAAUGUCAAAUAAAAUGUUUAAAUGUGCAAAGCAAA